AUGGUCUCUGUGAUCCUUUUGGCAUCACAUCUUUUUGCCUUCUGGAACCAUCAGACACCGAGAACUUGCUGCCACGCUGACAGAGGUGGAAGACUACACAAGCCAAAGAUCCCUCAGGCCCAUAACCAGGUCAGUGUCAAGGUUGCUCCCAAGGACACUGAGAUGAAAACAGCAGACGAGCCAACGCCGAAUCUUGGACAGACCCUGGAGUGGCUGAGAAAGGAGCUGUCUGAGAUGCAGAUCCAAGACCAGAGGCUCCUGCUCACGCUGAGACAUCUUCACAGUGUCCUGGAGGAGCUGCGAGUGGACAGUGCCCAGUGGGAGGAUGCCAGGUCCAGUGGAGGAGCCUCCCCUAUCAGGACUCGGGCAGGCUCUGAAGGCAGGCGCUGCCAGCAUGUUUCCUCAAGGGGGCUGAUUCAGCUCCUCCGAGGGGAAGACUGCAGACGAAGCUCCCUCCCUUAAUGGCUAUAGGUGACACUGACAUUAAACCUUC